UCAUCUGUACCAAAAUUAGAAUGCCGUGUGUUUCCCAAUUCCUCCAUCUCACCUUCUUCCUCCUCCUCCUCCUCCUCCUCCUCCUCCUCUCAUCCCUCACGGAUCCCUCCAAUGCCAUUCCCUCUCAAUACCUGAAGUUCCCAUUACUCCACACUAACCCCUUCUCCUCCCCUUCUCAAGCCCUCUCCUCCGACACCCACCGCCUCUCCCUCCUCUUCUCCUCCCACCGCCACAGCCCCACCCUCAAGUCCCCCCUCAUCUCCGGCGCCUCCACCGGCUCUGGUCAGUACUUCGUCAAUCUCCACCUCGGCACCCCUCCUCAAAGCCUCCUCCUCGUCGCCGAUACCGGCAGCGACCUCGUCUGGGUCAAAUGCUCCCCCUGCCGCAACUGCUCCCACCACCCUCCCUCCUCUGCCUUCUUCCCCCGCCACUCAUCCUCCUUCUCCCCUUUCCACUGCUUCGACCCCCACUGCCGCCUCCUUCCCCACCCCCCUUCUCACCGCUGCAACCACACCCACCUCCACUCCCCCUGCCCCUUCCUCUACUCCUACGCCGACUCCUCCCUCUCCUCCGGCUUCUUCUCCAAAGAUGUCACCACCUUCAACACCUUCUCCGGGACCCACACCCAGACCCGUCUCAACGACCUUUCCUUUGGAUGUGGCUUUCGGAUCUCGGGUCCUAGCGUUUCGGGCGCCCGAUUCAAUGGAGCACGUGGAGUCAUGGGAUUGGGCAGAGGCCCGAUCUCCUUCUCCUCCCAACUCGGCCGCCGAUUUGGCAACACUUUUUCUUAUUGUCUUAUGGAUUAUACACUCUCUCCGCCGCCCACCAGCUACCUCAUGAUCGGCGGCGGCCUCCGUAGCCUACCGGUGACGAACGCCUCAAAAAUCAGCUACACCCCCUUGCAGAUUAACCCUCUGUCCCCGACAUUCUACUACAUUGUCGUGAAGAGCAUCACCGUGGACGGCGUGAAAUUGCCCAUCAAUCCCAACGUGUGGGCCAUCGACGAGCAAGGCAACGGCGGCACGGUGGUGGAUUCCGGCACGACAUUGACGUAUCUAGCUGAGGCAGCAUACGAGGAAGUGUUGAAGGCCAUGAGACGGCGAGUGAAGCUGCCGAGAGCGCUCCAGUUGAGUCCAGGGUUCGAUCUGUGCGUGAACGCAUCGGGCGAGUCGCGGAUGCGGAGUCUGCCGCAACUAAGAUUCCGGGUAGGCGGCGGAGGUGUAUUUGCGCCGCCGGCAAGGAACUAUUUUGUGGAGACAGAGGAGGGGGUGAUGUGCUUGGCGAUCCGACCCGUGGAUUCGGGAAAUGGGUUUUCGGUGAUUGGGAAUCUGAUGCAACAAGGAUUCUUGUUGGAGUUCGAUAGAGACAAGUCGAGGAUGGGGUUCUCAAGGCGUGGCUGUGGGCUUCCUUGAUGCAUCUCAACUCCACUGCCCUUGGAUCAUUGAUUUUUUUGGAGAUUGCGUUGAUUUGUGUAGUUGUUGCCUCCCCUUCCCAUUCCACUUUCUUUUUCCUUUUAACAUUCAUGUUCUACCAUUUUUCAAUUAAAUGUAAACCAAAAUUAG